GUGAGGUGUCGGGGACAGGGAGGCGCUGGAGCGCAUCUCUCUCUCUCUCUCUGUUCACCCUCUCUCCAUCUGCAGUUCGAGUGCCGUCAAAACAGUCGCGAGCGAACGAGCGAGAGGGAGGGGGUUGUCGAGUCGUGGCGGCGACGGUUAAAAUUCAAAUCGCUGCAACGUUCGGCUUGGUGUUGGGCGAGUCAGCCCCCGGAGGAGGUCCGAUUUAUUAUUAAGAAGGAGAGAGGGAGAAAAAAAAUCAUAUUUGACUGGAUUUAAAACAAAAAGACCAGUGACAUUUCAAGAAGGGAGCAGAGUUUUUAAUUUUUUUCAAAUUAUUUAUUCCAUUUCCCUUCUCUCCCUCUUCACUCCAUCUGGCCACUCAGUUAGGGUCUUUUGUGUGUGUGUGCGAGAAUUUUUUUUCAUUUUUGUGGCCGGUGUGUGAUGGAGGACCAGUCCCGGCUGCUGCAACCUCACCCCGGGGUGGCUCUGGCGGUACACUCGCUCCCUCCUCAUUCUCAGGCGGACGGAGGCGACCCCGAGGGACGGAAACAGGACAUCGGAGACAUCCUGCAACAGAUCAUGACCAUCACUGACCAGAGCCUGGACGAGGCUCAGGCCAGAAAACAUGCGUUAAACUGUCAUAGGAUGAAACCGGCUCUCUUCAGUGUUUUAUGCGAAAUCAAAGAAAAGACAGUGCUAAGCAUCCGAGGUGUACAAGAAGAAGAGCCUCCAGACCCACAGUUGAUGAGACUGGAUAAUAUGCUGUUGGCUGAAGGUGUGUCUGGGCCUGAGAAAGGUGGAGGAUCAGCGGCAGCUGCAGCAGCGGCAGCAGCAUCGGGUGGUUCACCAAGUGAUAAUUCCAUUGAGCAUUCCGACUACAGAGCCAAACUGACACAAAUUCGGCAGAUUUACCACUCGGAGCUGGAGAAAUAUGAGCAGGCAUGUAGUGAAUUUACCACACAUGUUAUGAACUUGCUUCGCGAACAGAGUCGGACCAGACCUAUUUCACCAAAGGAGAUUGAGCGUAUGGUUUCUAUUAUCCACCGAAAAUUCAGCACCAUCCAGAUGCAGCUAAAACAGAGUACAUGUGAAGCGGUCAUGAUCCUACGCUCUCGUUUUCUUGAUGCAAGGCGAAAACGACGCAAUUUCAGCAAACAGGCCACAGAAGUUCUGAACGAGUAUUUCUACUCCCACCUGAGUAAUCCCUACCCUAGUGAGGAAGCCAAAGAGGAACUGGCAAAGAAAUGUGGUAUCACAGUGUCACAGGUGUCGAAUUGGUUUGGGAAUAAGCGAAUCAGAUAUAAGAAAAACAUUGGCAAAUUCCAGGAAGAGGCCAAUCUUUAUGCAGCCAAGACUGCAGCAGAUGCCACAACAGUGGUAGCCCACCAAGGGAGUCAGGCAAACUCCCCUUCCACGCCCAAUUCAGGUUCUUCUGGUUCUUUUAACAUGCCAAACUCUGGAGACUUAUUCAUGAACAUGCAGUCACUGAAUGGGGAUUCUUACCAGGGUUCUCAAGUUGGAGCUAACGUGCAGUCACAGGUGGAUUCCCUGCGUCAUGUUAUACACCAGACAGGCGGAUACAAUGAUGAGAUGGCAGCAAGCCAGAUUUACACCCCAAGGCGUAUAGAUGCUAAUGGCAGCUGGCAGGAUGCUACUACCCCAUCUUCUGUGACUUCACCCACUGGAGGACCAGGCAGUGUCAACUCAGACACCUCCAACUGAUGAGCUGCCAGCAAUCACCUACUACCCCACUGGCUUUCAUUUCACUCAAUCCAUAGAAUGCGAAGGACUUGAUUUUCAACCUUAUUUCAUUGAAAGGGUCAUUGGGAUUCUUUCUUGGGUAGAAGCUCCCUGCCACCUAUAUGUAAAUAUAGUAGGACAAGAAAAGGUAUUUAUACAUUUUUCACACAACAGAGUGCAGCCAAUUACCUCACUGUAAAACCCUUUAAAACCAAUAGAGGAAUGCUUCCUGUUUAGGUUACAGUGCUUACACACUACCUCGCAGCAAUAUACUCUAGAUUUACACUCAUACUUUAACCAUAUGUUUGUCAAUUUUAUCCCAGUCAUUCAACCUCUACCAGUGUUGCAAUGUACAAGUUUUAAUUAAGCUUCAUGGUCAGCUGUAUUAGGAAAACAGUUCACUAAGAUUGAUGCAUGAAAAUGAAACCCAAGGUAUUACUGCUUUUAAAGUUCCUGCUCUGAAGUGAACAGGCAUUUAGCUGUGUUUUAUGUAAGUUGAAAUGACUGCAGAAACAGACAUUGAGCCCUACACUGACCAUGUGAUUGUGUUAGGGUAUGCAGGUCUACUUAACUAAUGCAGACUGACUUUUCUUUUGCUAACGACAUGUUAGUCUUUAGUGUCCGACUAGAAGUUAGUAUUGGUUUUCAGAAAAGUACAGAGCAGCUCUGAAUUUUGCUCGGAAUCAAACUAAAUAUUUCUCAGGGCUGACUUUCUACCACUUCCUCUUCAAACCUGUCAGCAGUGGAUGAAAUAGGCACCAUUGCAUUAAAAACAGGUAUUUCAGGAAUAUAAACAGAAUGCUUGGCAAAACGGAGCACUGUGUUUAAAAAGAAAAUCAUUGUGCAAAGGAUGGACCUCAGUCACCCUGUGGAAAACAUCUGUUGAUGACUGGGCUGACUCAGACCUGGUCUAUGCUUGCCUGUAUAAUUUUGACGUUGGGGCAGUGAGGUAGCACUGUGCCUGGUGAUAGCUGAUACUAUUCUGCACUGUUCAGCACAGUGUGAAUGUUAACAAUGGCCAAAGCCCUUUAUUAACUUUUUCUUAAAACUGAAAUUCAAUAUGUAAAGAAAAAUAGGAAUAAUGGAUAAUAGAUUUUUGUUGGUUAUUGUGAUCUUAUGUACUCUGUAGUUCCAACCCUUAGUUACUCUUUUAUCAGAAAUCUGCUGUUUUGAUGAGGCCAAAUUAGUACAGCCUUUUGUGUAAACUUCUGUGUUUCAAAAUUGCAAAAGUUACUGGAUUGUUUUAAAUGCAGAAAAACAUUAUUGGACGACACUUGGAACCAGAAUACAAAAUGAAAUAGUCCACAUACAGUAAAUAGAAUUAACAGUGGCAGAAGACAUUAAAUUAUCCAGUAGGGAUGAGGAAGUCUUCCAGUCUGGUAACUAGAAAAUAAAUUCAGUUUGAAAUGCUGGGAAAGUUUACUUUAAUUAAGUGAUGUCGGACAGCAGGAAUGGUCUGUGCUCAGGACUGGCACUUUCCAAUGUUUGUACUUGGGAUUUUAUAAAUCAUUCAGCAUAGACUGUCAAAAAUAACCUAUGUCUAAAAGAUUGGAGUUGAGACAUUCCUGAAAAUAGUCCUUUUUGUAGUUGCCUUCUGUGUGCAAUUAAUGUCUAUCCAAAUCUACACUGCCUGUACCAAAAAUCUCCAUAACACACAGACACUCACAAAAAGUACACAUAGUUCAGCUUUACUAACUUUUUUAAUCUUCUGUUUCUGGCGUUCUGUCUUGAUGGUUGUGGUGUUUGAACUUUUGAAAUUUGAUGUAAUUGUAAAAAUUCUAAAUCCCAAAGGUAAUUUUUACUCUAGGAGUGUGCAGACUCUUACUGUAAAUGUAAAGACACGACUGAUUAAAGUUUCAAUAGGACUCUGUCCCAGACAGAUUCCUGAGCUGUUUUCUUAAAAAGGUGUGGGAGCUGGGCAUUUCAUUCAAUACAGAACCCCUUCCUGCCCCCUAAAUGUUAUUUGUUUUGCUAUGAAUGUAUGCAGUCCCACUGGAGCUUCAGGCUGCUGUUAAUGUGCAUUAGUCCAAGAUGAUCUGUGUGCAGUUUGGAUUUGGGAGUUAUAGAAAAGGUUUCUGAAGAUCAUCCUGUGGAAAAUUUCUGAAACUACAGGGCAGCUUGCUCAGAAACAAAUCUACAAUUUUUGGAAAAUGAACAAAAGAAUGAAUUAGUUGCUCCCUUAAAAAUGUCCAACUUUAAGCAACAAUAGUCUCUAGUUUUUUUUAAUCUUUAAUUGGUUUGUGUUAUUAUUGACAAGUAGAAAAUUUGUAUAAAAAUUCAAGUGGAAACCUAAUGUGUAUGUCACUUUGGCCUGUUGCAGCGAUUUCCCAUCUCAGUACUGAUCACUUUAGACCAUGGUAUAAGAUGCUAUUUUAACUUGUUGAACUCCCAGUAGAUAGGACCAAAAUUUCAAAUAAUAUUUGAACUUACAGUCAUUCUGAAUCUGUUCUGCACAGCUACUGUGUUACAGCAUUGUGAUCAGUGGCCAACACUGUGGCAUGAUCUUUCCAAACUUUCUGUCGAUAUGGAAAGGGUCCUAUGGUCCUGGUCAUUUUGGUUCAUUCUGGAUGAGUGAAGCAGCAUAAAGCUCCUUUAAUCUGUAAUCCAUUCGCUUAAAUCACCAUUCAGUACAAGAGGUUUCUGUUUAUUCAGAUGGAACCAGAAGGACAAAUAUGUACACAUUCUUUAAAGAAACCUAUUUUAAAUCAUGAAAUUUAUCUUUGAAUUUUUUUAAACAAAGCUAUAAAAACAAAUUUUGAGGUUCGUAACUUGAAUUCCUUGGUUUAGGGAAUAAUUUAUCUGGGGAUAUACACAUUGUAAAAAACAGUGUGUUAAUACAGGUACACAAUCCUGUAUCCAAAACGCUCAGGUCCAGCUGGUUUUCGGAAUUUUUCGAAUUUCAGAAUAAGUGACAGUUUGACGGUGAAAUUUUUAAAAAACCUAAUCUUAAAAAAAAUCAAACUCAUUGUUGAGACAGAAUAGAGGCCUGCCGGUGCUGGGCCAUGUCCCCGCAGAGUGACACAAUGAGUGACUAUAGAGUUGGGUUAACUGUUUGCAUGCCACAUAGCCUUGUUAAUGAGAAAAAAACCUCACGAGAAAACCGUCAGAUUUCUGAGCUUUUCGGAUUUCGGAUAAAUGGUUGUCUACCUGUACCAUUAUUACCAGUCGAUCUAGUGCAAAUUUCACUAUCAUGUAAGGUUACUAACUCCUGAAUGAUUCUCCUUCUUCAUCCUGCACUUACAAUUUGCAUUUUUUGGGGGAUGGGAAUAAAUACAGAGAUGUUCUAAAUAAACCAAAUCUUAGUUACCGUUUAUAAAACAUUUAAUUUGAAAAUCAAAUUUGCAUUUCUUUCCCUCCAGGAAUUUUUUUUUGAAGUUUUGUCCUACAUGGAAUCUUUUAUUGAGGAUCAGUGAGUCUGGUCACACUAAGGGACUUGUACAGCAGUAAUUAUAUACUGUCAAUUAUAGAUCAAUGUUUACAACAAUGUUACUAAGUCACAUUAAAAUCAGUGUGGGCAAGAUGAGUCACUAAUUAUAUUUGCAGUUAAUAGAUACCCCAAAAUCAAGUUCCUCACACUUCAAAAGCUCUCUUAAGCAAAAAAUUCAAAAGCAAAACUAGGUAAUAGCUACUAACAGGAAAUUAAGAUGCAUUGUUAAAAAUAAAGACAUCAGACUUUUUGAAAUCUCAGCGAACCAUUUAUUUUCAACAAUGAUAGAAUAACAGUUGCAAAUAGGUGGGCUAAUACAUCUGUUUAAAUAGAAGUCUACUGUAUUAAACAUUUAAAAUGUAUAAAUUUGCUUUUAAAUUUUUUAGGAAAUAACUGUGAGCACGGUGGGUCAUUUUCAGUUACUGGAAAGGGUUCAUGCCAUGGCAAAAACUAGAUACCGUGUAAACAGCUUGAUAACUUUGGAAAAAAAAGUUAAGAAAACAAUGUAUUGCGUUUUUAUUUGUAUUGGUUAACUCAAAACAGAAUAAAACAUUUGUUUUGCCACAAACUAGAA